CCGUCGUCGCCGAGCGGUCAACCUCGAAAUCUUCCGUAUUUAACUGCACACUUUGUUGGAAGAGACGCGGACGUAGAUGAAAUCGAAAAGAAACUGCAGUCCUUUCGUAUGGUUGUUCUUCUUUCUAUCCCAGGUAUAGGAAAGACUGAAGUGGGAAUCCGUGUAAGUCACUUGUUAAAGCAAAGGGGUGACCAGUCUGUAACACAUAUUCGAGUAGAAAGUCAUCAUCGGAAGCUAGUAGACAUCUGCAGUGAGAUUGUUGAUCGAUUGAGUAGUCGCACCUUGUCGGAAACCGCUGACUUUAUAUCCCUUGCGAAGCGUAAACUAUCGAAGCUAGAUAUCCCGAAUGUCCUUGUACUAGACAACACAGAGAAUAUACAGGGUGAGGAAUUUGAUGAAUUCACUGAAUGGCUCGUUAAAUCUGCCCCGAAUGUAAAGUUGAUAAUCACUACUCGAAAAGAUGUUGGAUUCGUGUCAGCAGACGUGUGUAGGUUUCCUCUCAAACCUUUAGAUACCGAAUCGUCUGCUAAACUGCUCCGGAGUCUUGUUGACGACUGUAGUGAGGAACACUCCAAGGAACUUGCUAAAUUAUGUGGUGGGAUACCACGAGCUGUAAAUCUGUUAAUCCAACAGCUCGGGAAUAAUCCCAUACAACUUUUCAGGAUCAGUGCGAGCGAUGUUUACGAUACGCUGAAAGUAUUUUUUGACAAUUUUUCCAAUGAGGUAAAACGAAAUCUUGUCCUUUUUUCUGUUUUCCCAUCGGAGUUCUCAGCGCAAGACAUUCAGUUCCUUUUUGAAGAUCCUUUACACUGUGAAACAGUGAAGACCAGGAUGGUCAAGUAUGCUCUUCUUCAUAGGGAUGCCGAUGGAAAGAUGAGGAUGCAUCCGCUGGUCCAAGCCUACUUCCUGUCAGAGAAAGAAUCUAUAGGCAUGGGUGACCUGUGGCACGCCACUAAGUGUAAAUUUAACCAUCAUUAUCUUGGUCUGCUAAGAGUCUUGAGUAAAGAGUUUAUCAGCAAAGACUCAGCUUUAAUUGCGAUCCAUAAGUUUCGACAGCAGAAGGCAAACAUCAUGGAAGUGCUGAAGAAUUGUCUCGAAAACUCUAGCGAUUUCUAUGACAAACAUCUCGUUUUAGACGUCGUUAACAGUACAGAAGUGCUGGAUUUUGUGGCUAAAGUUUUAACACCUCCAAAAGAGAGCAGAGCGCUGUACCAGAAAUGCUGUGAUAUUGCUAAAGCGUCCGGCGAUAUGAAGAGAUAUGCAGAGAGCUUGAAUUCACUCGGAUUCCGCCGUCUCUGUGACGGUUGUUACAGCAAAGACAGCCCUGAAGAAAACCAAGUCACACUUGCAAAGUUUCAGGAAGCAUAUGACAUGCGCAGGACAUUACCAGAGGAGGAACAAAAGUCCCUAACGCAUGCGCACAUCGCUAGUAAGCUCGGAGUAUGUUUUGUAUUGCAGGUGAGAUCAUGGCAAAUAUAAAAGGGGACUGUGUGCCUUUUUUUUUUGUUUUGAUUUUCCUUCUUACCUCCUCCUUUUUAAAGAUAAUUUUUCUCAAUGGCUUUCCUUUUUAAGUACCAUCCGUGCAUUUUCCUUUUGUGGGGCUCAUAAGAAUCUAACGCAGGCGAAGUGUACGAAAAUCUAAUGAAACUUUAUCAAUAAUGGCGGAAAUAGGAGAGUUUGCGUCACUCCUAAUGGGGUAUCACUCGCACUAAGGUAGACACUGAACCCGGAUAUUUACAAGAGUUAUUUUUUUCACAGGGAGAAGAAAAAAAAGGACGAGAGCUCAUACAGGAAGGAAUUUCAAUAAGAGAUUCUUUAGGCAACCGUUUGUAUGUUGCUGCUGGAUACUGUGACCUUGGGGAUAGGUUAAUGUUUUGUUUGCAGUCCGUAUAGCACCCGCGUAUCCUUGUUGGAGACUGAAAGCAGGCUAAAAGGAUGACAAAGCGCGCUGGGCGGUUUCUUUUACUGAACCGAGAGGACAACAAGUAAAUCUCAGAUCAAAUGAGAACUGAAAAGGGAACAUACUAAACUUAUGUACUGGAAUCUCGUCGAGUCUUAUUUUCAUGGAGAAAGAGGGAAUAGUCUUGUCUGUCGGCUUCGACAUGAAAGCGAAACAAGCAACUCUGAAUGCUUGACCCCCAACAGCCUAACUUCCGCAUGCAUAUUCUCCAUACUGUUCCAUAACAUUUCCAAUGGUAUCGACAAGGAGAAUUUAGUCAACAACCAAGAUCUUGCUUCUUUAAUUUGCCUACAUUUGAUUUAUUUUUCAUGCGCUUAAUGUUUGAUUCAAAAGGUGCUAUUAGAAGGAAAAAUUCCUCAGGAACCUUAUGGUUAAAAAGGUUGAUGUUCCCUGGUUAGUCUGACAAUGAGGUAAUUUGUGAUAUGGGGAGGGAUUUGUUAAUUUGAGAAGGAAACCAAUGUUUCUAACCCAUUUGAGAAAUAUCCCUUCAAAGUUUAUGGCUUACAAGCUUUAUAUUAUUAUAUUAUACCUCGACGCGUACCAGCUCUGAAUCAUAAGUCAUCUCUCUCGUCAUACCAGUUGUUUCUUUUUUAAAUGCGGUAGGGAUUAAUUGAAGGAUUCAUUAAACUUUGUGAAAGUUAUAUAUUGUCUUCACAUUUUGCCAGACUCUUAUCGAUUGUUUGGUGAUCAUCAAAAAGCAAUCGACAUUUGGAAAGAGAACACUCUGCCAGUUUACAAAGAGCAGCUUGGUGACCACCCCUGGACAGCUUCAAUUUUCAACUGUUUUGUAAAGUCGCGGACAUCGUAAAGCACCGGACGGAAUGUUUUCUUGGCGCCGUAAGGCGCCUCGCAGCUGGAAGCUCUGAACGAGGACGUAAUGGCAAACGACCAGGCCGAGAUGUAAUGAAAACCCUGGCCCUUGCAGCUGGAAGCUCUGAACGAGGUUACAUCGACCAGGCCGAGAUGUACUCCAGGGAAGCUCAUGGGCUACGAAAGAGGCUGUUGGGUCAUCAUCAGGAUACAGCUCGUUCGUGCGUUCAGCUUAGCGAUGUCUUAGUCCUUCAAGGGCAGUUCGAUGAGGCUUGGGAGGAGCUCGAUAAAGCCUUUGUAAUUCAAAACGAUAUUUUAGGCCCUGACCACAAGAUCACGAAGAACACAGUGAGUAAA